AUAACUAUCUUACGCCGCAAUAAGCGCCGUAUAACAGUCUUGUUAGAGCAACUUUAGAAGCAAAGCAGCUACAACAACAACCCGACAGUCAGAACAUUGACCAACAAUUCUAUCACGAAAGCGAGCGUGCACUUUUGCACUCAGCGGCUUCCACAAUGGACUAUACACCUCCGCCUCCACCUCCGCCUCCACUCUCAUCUUGUCGAGGCGACGAAACUUCGAUACCAAGUACUGCAAUGCCGCCUCCACCACCACCUCCACCACCACCUCCACCUCCACCACCACCUCCACCUCCACAACUAUUCAAAUCAUCAAGACCGGCGAGCAUAGUACCCCCGCCCCCUCCAGUGCCGUCUGGAGCGUUCGAGCCCAUAGACAAAGCACACUACUGGCAGUUCCUCAAAGACACGAAAGCAAACAUACCCGGUGAACCUUUCCAGCCAUUUUAUAUGUUCUUCUACGGUUCACUCAUGGAUCCUGAAGUCCUCCAAGCAAUUCUCGAUCUCCCGGAACUUCCAACUACAAGGCCUGCUACUAUUUUUGGUUUCCGUAUCAAAAUGUGGGGCAUAUAUCCAACAUUAAUACCCUGUCACUCUGGAAGCGUAACUGGCACUGUGUGGAAGGUGAACUCAGAAGCCCACUUCAACCGUUUGGCAGCUUAUGAGACUGCCGCUUAUCGAUGGGAAGAGUGUGAUGCAGUUUUAGAAAGUGGGAAGGUUCUUAGAAAUUGUCGGACUUUCUGCUGGGCAGGAGAACCUGAUAGUAAGGAACUUGAAGACGGUAGUUUCGAUCUAGAACGCUACCAGAAAUACUUCAAACCUUCCGUCAUUAGGCGGUCGCCAGUACCGUAAGCAGUAAUUUGAAGUGGCAGAUGCAAGACUUCUUGUAUAAUUCUCUUGAGCAGAACAUAUUUAUAUCAUAUAUAACUUCUUUUGCUCUCU